AAGACUUUGGCGCUCAAACCCUUCCAAUUCCUCUGUCCCCUUACCCCACACCUACACGCGCGCACUCUCACUCUCUCUCUCUCCACUUUUUACCCUAAAAAGAGGCGUUAGUUUCUUCAUAAGCCCCUCUCUUGCAGCAGUCUUUUCGGCCAAACUUCGGAAGAGAGGGGAUAGAUAGAUAGAUUUCAAGAGAGAGAGACAAUCGCAUAUAUAUAGAGAGAGAAGCGAAAGACGACUUGGGUCAAUAGUGAUUUUGUUCUUACUUCACAGAUUCUCAUUUCUCACCGUUUCAUAAGAGAUCUCCCUUCCCCUCAAAUCCUUCUCUCUAAAAGACUCAAUCUUUAAUCGCAACGCCCAGUUUUUCGUUUUGGGGUCCCCUUUUUUUGUCCCAUAAUAAAUCCAUUAUUUAUUUUUUUUCUUCUGUUGGAGAGAUUUUCGUUUUUAACAAUGGCACCCAGUUUUGAUUGCGUUUCUAGCCUUCUCUGUGCGGAAGACAACAGUAUUUUUGACGAAAACGAUUAUGGGGGUUCGGGGGAGAUGUUGGAUGACACGUGGCAGCAUCCUGGAUAUGAUCGAAGCCUUAGUUUAAGUGAGAACUUGGGUGGUCCUAUUGGGGGUUUUCCAUUGAUGAGUGAUGACUGUUUGAGAUUGAUGGUGGAAAAGGAAUUCCACCACUUGCCUAAUGGUGAUUAUGUUAAUAGGCUGAGGAGUGGAGAUUUGAACUUUGAAGCCAGAAAUGAGGCCAUUGAUUGGAUUGAAAAGGUCCGGGAGCACUUUAGUUUUGGACCUCUCUGUGCAUAUCUAUCUAUAAACUAUUUGGACCGCUUCCUUUCUGAAUAUGAAUUACCAAAAAAAGGCUGGACAAUGCAAUUGUUGGCUGUGGGGUGCUUAUCUUUGGCAGCCAAAAUGGAAGAGACUGAUGUUCCUUUGUCUCUUGAUUUGCAGGUGGGUGAAUCUAAAUAUAUAUUUGAAGCUAAAACAGUUCAGAGGAUGGAGCUUCUGGUGCUAAGCACAUUGAGGUGGAGAAUGCAGGCAGUUACUCCAUUUUCCUUUAUUGACUAUUUUCUCCACAAGAUCAAUGAUGGACAAAGUCCAAAUGGAGAUUCAAUUUUGCAAUCCAUCCAGCUUAUACUGAGUACUGUAAGAGGAAUUGACUUCUUAGAGUUCAGACCCUCGGAGAUUGCAGCAGCAGUGGCAAUACAUGUGGUGGGGGAGGCCAAAACAGUUCACAGUGAAGAAGCAAUUUCUGUUCUGCUUCAGCUUGUGGAAAAGGAGAGGGUCUUGAAGUGUGUUAAAAUGUUCCAAGAGCUGUCAUCAAACAGUGAUUCUGCUAAGGAUGCUAGUGCUUCUGUUUCUGUACCUUGUGUGCCCAAAAGCCCAAUAGGGGUGUUGGACACUGCAUGCUUCAGCUUCAAAAGUGAUGACACAAAUGCCGCUUCAUGUGCAAAUUCUCCACAUAACAAUAGUCCAGAUGCUAAAAGGAGGAGGCUAAACAAAACCUUUGGAGAAUAGCCAUUGUGGCUUGUGAUUUUCAUAGUCAUUCCUAGGAUGCUUUUCUCUAAAAAAAAAGAAGAAUAUAUUGUUAUAUGUUUUGAAGGUGCCCCUCAAGGGAAUACCAAUGACGGAUGUUGGCAAAUAGAUAGGGAACUUAAAAAAUAAAAAAUAAAAAAAGAAGCAUAAAGAGUGCCAAAAAGAUAAAGGUGGAUCGUUCCUCGGUGACAAGUGAGAGAUUUUAAGAAAUGGAAUCAACAUAUUUCAUGCUCCAACCAGGAAGUGACUACUCACACACCAGCUGUUAAAUAUUUUAUAGGUCUUUUAACAGCUAGAAAAGAGGUAGUGAAAGAGGGGGAAUAAGGACUAGCGUAUUUGUAUGUGUAAGUACAUUUUGUCUUUUUACUUUUAAAUGGGGGAGUAAAAUAGAACCCAAAAAGCAAAAAACAAUAUUAGAUACAGAGCUACCAGUAUUGUGAAAUAUUUGCGGCAUUUAUAAUAUUUUUGUCAUUAUCCUUA